UACAGCGCUCGUGUACUAGGACUAUCACCUAGUCCUGCCCAGUUUGGUCACAUAAGAUGGGAGCUCGCAUUAUUAUUAUUAUUAGCUUGGACAAUUAUUUAUCUCUGCGUCUUCAAAGGCAUUAAAUGGUCAGGAAAGGUGGUUUACUUUACUGCUACGUUUCCCUACGUCGUGUUGAUCAUCUUAUUUUUCCGAGGAGUUACU